CGCUUCCGGUGGGGGAGGAGACGACGAGGGCGGCCGAGGCGGCGGCUGAGGCGGCGGCGGCGGCCCCUUGCUGCCGUCAGCCCGGCCGUCGAUGGCGAUGAACUACAGCGCGAAGGACGAGGUGGACGGGCCGCACCUCGGGGCGCCCGGCGGGGCGGGGGGCGGCGGCGGAGGGGGAGGAGGCGGAGGAGGAGGAGGAGGCGGAGGAGGCCCCGGCCCCGCCAAGAGCCGCAAGCCCGACAACACGGCCUUCAAGCAGCAGCGCCUGCCCGCCUGGCAGCCCAUCCUCACGGCCGGCACCGUGCUGCCCGCCUUCUUCGUCAUCGGCCUCAUCUUCAUCCCCAUCGGCAUCGGCAUCUUCGUCACCUCCAACAACAUCCGGGAGAUCGAGAUUGAUUACACGGGAACGGAAGCUGAUAGUCCCUGUAAUAAGUGUUUGUCUUGGAAUCAAACAACAUCUUGCAUCUGCAACAUUAACUUUACCCUGGAACAAUCUUUUGAGGGCAAUGUGUUUAUGUAUUACGGAUUGUCCAACUUCUAUCAGAAUCAUCGCCGUUACGUGAAAUCUCGAGACGAUAGCCAACUCAACGGCGAUAAUAGCUCCUUAACCAAUCCCAGUAAGGAGUGUGAGCCCUAUCGCAGGAAUGAGGAUAAAGCCAUUGCCCCUUGUGGAGCCAUUGCCAACAGCAUGUUUAACGAUACACUGGAAUUGCUGCGCAUCGACAAUGAUACGAUGUCUCCUAUUCCGUUAAAUAAAAGAGGUAUUGCGUGGUGGACAGAUAAGAAUGUGAAAUUCAGAAAUCCUUCUGGAGCAACACAUAACCUGUCAGCCCUUUUCAAAGAUACGACGAAGCCCGUCAACUGGCCCAAGCCAGUGUACAUGCUGGAUCGAGAUCCUGACAACAACGGGUUUAUCAAUGAGGAUUUUAUCGUGUGGAUGCGCACCGCAGCCCUGCCCACUUUUCGUAAGCUCUACCGACUGAUCGAGAAGAAGAACGGCUUGCAACCCACGUUACCUGCGGGACAGUACUCUUUGAAAGUCACGUACAAUUACCCCGUCCAUAGUUUCGACGGCCGAAAGAGGAUGAUCCUGAGUACCGUGUCGUGGAUGGGAGGAAAGAAUCCGUUUUUGGGAAUUGCGUACAUCACAGUCGGAUCCAUCUGCUUCUUCUUGGGCGUGGUGCUGCUCGUCAUUCAUCACAAAUACGGGAACAGAAAUAAUAGCGCCGACAUUCCCAAUUGAUUUUUCUCUUCUGAAACCAAAUCUACUGCAUGUGCAUCAAGGCCAGUCCAAACCCAACCUAGCUCCCGAACACUAAACACCCGGGUUGUGUGUCAUCUCCGGCCACGUAGCUUUUUCCUGAAGCCCCGCGGCCCCUGGCUUCCCUUCCUGAGGAUGUGACUUGUGAAAAUAUGGCAGCAACGUAAACGGAAAGCGGCUCCAUCGAUCAUCUCGACACUGAGCCUGCUGAAAUGGCUUUCUAAUGUGGCCCCGUGGUGCAUAUAUAAACCCCCCCCCUCCCUCUCUCCCCCCGGUAAUGUAUCUGCUGCUUGAGUGUUUGUGCUCCGUCGGUAAUCAUCUAAUCCCUGUCCGGUGUUGUGUACGUAGAAGGUGUCGGAGAAAGAGGAGGGGAGCAGAAGGUUUGAAAACCGGACCCGUUAGCCUUUCAGGAUCGAGAAGGCCGGGGGAAGCCGGAGAAGGCCCGAGGCUAAACAGACCACUCCCCACCUUUCACGCGUCGUGUUCGUAGGCGUAAAGGUGGCCGGGGCAUUCACCUGGUACGACGAGUGCCCCGGUCAAGCCCGGUUCGGACUUGAAAAAGGACUCGUUCACUGUCGGUCGCGUAGGAAAUCCCGAAGGGCAAAUACCCGCACGGGGGUCGGCGUGGCAGUAACUUCCUCCGGCCAGGAAGGUGAGUUGUCGUUUCCAUUUGGAUCCCGUUGCGGUGGCCGCUAGCCCGGCUCACUCUAAAUGAGGCCCCAUGGCCCCCGAGCCUGAGCUUCACCGAGAGAAGAGCCGUCAACACGGGUCGAGAGAGCGGGACCGCUCCAAGCCCUGCCUUUAGAGAGAGUCCAGGGCUCGUGGCUGCAAGGAAAUUCAGUACCGUUGCCCAGGCGGGGAGCUCCAAGCUGUCACCUCGCUACAGAGUGCUCCAGUUAGGUCCUGGAGCCGGUAAGGUUACAACCCGAGUUCGGAUCCUCCCUUGAGGACAGUGACCUGAGUUUGACCUGAAAAGCUUAUUUACACCUGCUGGGUAUGGGCCAAGCCACCGGCAGGUGUCAUCUGCAGUUCCAUCCCAGUUGCUUUCACUGGUCUUUCUGGGACCGGAGCUCCUUAAAAAACAAAGUUAAACAACACAAAAAAUCCCCCAUUCGACUCUGGGGAUUCUAGACUAAGCGUCUGAUCAAAUCGGUAGAUGUCAUGGGGAUUAUUUGAAUCCGGAUAUUCAAUGUCGAAUAAAUGGCGGAACCUGUUGCUACGGAACUUGUACUCGAAGCGAAUGUUAAAUUAACUUUUCUGCGUGCAUGAAAGUGCAUGUUUUAAAUUGCUUUCAAAUUGCUUAUGUUUUUGUUGAUUGAAAUUACCCUCCAAAAUAGGUAGAGUAAUAACCCAAAAGGUGUCUAUUGAAAAUAUGUACUCGCUUAUCGUAUGGUUAUCUUUUAACUCUAAAAUCUGGGUAUCGGGUCUAUUUUGAUUAGCUAUUGGUUCAGUUUUAAAAUGUAACAGUGAAGGGUUUAAUGUGCCACACAUCUUCUUGCUUCAUGAACAUACCCGUGUACGUGUAUGUGUGUGUGUGUGUCUACCAUGACAGGACCGUGUGGUGCAAAGGUGACUGUUCAGCUGGGAAGAAGAUGGCUUGCAAGGGCCCUGAGAUGGGAUUAGCACAGAGGUGAUGUGUUUUUCUAGGCUCGGCGUCAUUUGGUCAUUUUUCCAGGCUUGGAAUCCUUUGAGACUCCUAACGAGGCUUUCACUGUUCCAUCUCACACGCUAGAUGGGGGGAAUGAGGAGGGAGGAAGGUGGGGUGAUGAGGCCCCUCGGGAUCCUUUUCCAAGAGCACUCCUUGGUGACGAUAUUGUCACGGUAUUAGGACCCGGGCCCCGCCUCUCCGUGCUUGAAUCUGGCCUGUGCUGCCUAAAAAGGGGGUGACUUUUGCAGAGCCUGCACCCCAAAACAGGGCAGGGGAGAGCUCCCCGCCUUCUAAGUUUUAUGCCGGUCUUUGGUGUCCCCCCGAUGGUCUGUACGACUUGCAAAGAAUCUCAUCGAGUGUCUUGGAUGGUAGAGAGUUCACCAAUCCAGUAAGCUAAUUGUGGGUUAAUGUGCAGAAAGUAUCUCGAAGGGUGAAAGACUUGCCCCGAAACAGUCAGAGCCGGGAAAUGACACAGAAAUGAUAAAGCAGUUUUAAAUGUUUCAGCGACAACUACUCGGAGGAUCAUCUGACCGAUACGAGUCGAGUCGAAAUAUAUAUAAUUUGUUUAUUGGGGUAGUGAAAAGCCUCUUUGUACCCUUGGUUAUAUGAAGAGAUUCAUUUUUUGUUCUGUUACGGCUUAAUAAAAGUGAACUGAAUUUGU